AUGGGGAAACCUUUCCUCCACCAGCUGCUCGCCGUCGUCCUUGCACUCUUCGUCUCGCCGGCGAGAUCGGGCGACUGGCUUCCGGCCACUGCCACAUUCUAUGGCGGCGCCAACGGCUCCGACACAAUGGGUGGCGCGUGCGGGUACAGCGACCUGUACGAGCAGGGCUACGGCGUGAAUAACGCGGCACUGAGCACGGCGCUCUUCAACGACGGCGCGUCGUGCGGACAGUGCUACGCCAUCAUCUGCGACAGCAGUAAGACCGGGUGGUGCAAGCCCGGCAACAACUGGGUCGUCGUCUCCGCCACCAACUUCUGCCCGCCCAACUGGGACCUACCCGCCGUCGGGGACCUCCCCGCCGGCGGCUGGUGCGGCCCGCCCCGCCCCCACUUCGACAUGUCCCAGCCCGCCUGGGAGAACAUUGGCAUCUACAGCGCCGGCAUCAUCCCCGUCCUCUACCAGCGGGUGAAGUGCUGGAAGAGCGGCGGCGUGCGCUUCACCAUCGCCGGCUUCAACGGCUUCUACAUGGUGCUCAUCACCAACGUCGCCGGCAGCGGCUCCAUCCAGAGCAUGGCGGUGAAGGGCACCAACACGGACUGGAUCCCCAUGUACAGGAACUGGGGCGCCAACUGGCACUGCCUCUCCGGCGGGCUCGUCGGCCAGGGCCUCAGCUUCGCGCUCGUCUCCACCGGCGGCCAGAACCUCGUCUUCCAGGAUGUCGUGCCGGCUUGGUGGCAGUUCGGACAAACUUACACCACCUACCAGAAUUUCGACUACUAA